AUGCCUUCUCCUCCUCCCGAAUGGGUCAAGGCCCUGACGCCUUCGAGCCCGCAGGGUACCGACCUGCUCAAGCAGGAGCGUGCCCAGUCCAAUGUCGAAGUCGACAAGCUUGCAGAGUUCCUACAUACUAAAGCCUUCCUGGAGAAGCAGCAGCGCUUUCUUGAGCUUCUCUCGUCCGAGAAGGUCUUCGACAAGUCCCAGAUGCACUCGCAGGGUCGUCCUGAGCGGAUCCAGCGGGCAUUGGCCAAGGGUAAGCGGCUGCAGCAGUUGAAGGAGAAAUACAACUGGUCGACCGAGGAUUACCACUUUGCCAGUGAGAUGAUUGGAGAGCCUACUCCUUAUGGCCUCCAUGCCAGCAUGUUCUUGGUGACUCUCCGCGAACAAUGCACCCCCGAACAGAAGAAGCUCUUCCUCGAACCCGCCGAAAAGUAUCAGAUCAUCGGUUGCUACGCACAAACAGAAUUGGGACACGGAUCGAACGUGCGUGGUCUGGAGACCACUGCUACAUGGAACCCUGAGGACAAGACCUUCACCAUCCACUCGCCUUCCCUUACAGCAUCCAAGUGGUGGAUCGGAUCCCUCGGACGCACCGCCAACCAUGCGGUGGUGAUGGCGCAGUUGUUCAUUGCUGGCAAGAACUACGGUCCUCAUCCAUUCAUCGUCCAGAUCCGUGAUCUCGAGACGCAUCAGCCAUUGGAGAAUAUCUACGUGGGUGACAUUGGACCCAAGUUUGGUUACAACACCAUGGACAAUGGUUUCCUCCUCUUCAACAACGUCAAGAUCCCUCACAUCAACAUGCUUGCCCGCUUCUCCCGCGUAGACAAGGAGACGAAUAAGUACAUGCGCCCCGCGUCGCCAUCCCUAGUAUUUGGCACCAUGACCUGGGUGCGCUCCAACAUCGUCCUGCAGGCCGGUUCCGUGCUGGCCCGCGGUGUCACCAUCGCCACUCGCUACUGUGCGGUCCGCCGACAGUUCCAGGACCGCGACGCCAAGGCGGACGCGGGCGAGACCCAGGUGCUCAACUACAAGAUGGUGCAGAUUCGUCUGCUGCCGCUGCUGGCGGCCAUGUAUGCUCUGCACUUUACCGGCCGGGGCAUGAUGCGUCUGUACGACGAGAACCAGAACAAGCGCGCCGCCGCCGAAGCCGGACAGGACAAGCGCGGUGCGGCUCCCGAAGCCCUCCGUGCCGGGUCGGAUCUGCUGGCUGAUCUGCACGCUACUUCUUGUGGUCUGAAGGCGCUGGCCAGUACCACCGCCGGUGAAGGGCUGGAGAUCUGCCGUCGCGCCUGUGGUGGCCACGGAUACAGCAGCUACAGCGGUAUCGGACCAUACUAUUCCGACUAUCUUCCGACUUUGACUUGGGAGGGUGACAACUACAUGCUCACCCAGCAGGUUGCCAGAUACCUCCUCAAAUCCGCUCGUGCGGUGCUUGCCGGCAAGGGAACCGGCAACGACACCAGCCAGAUCCUCCAGGCGUACCUUGCCCGUCGCGACAAGGGUGCCUCGUUCGACAUCCUCGAGGUGGACAGCGACAUUGUGGCCGCGUUCGCCUGGCGCACAGCCCACCUCACCUUUGAGGCUCUCAAGCACAGGGAUCUCGAGAAGCGGUCAUGGAACAGUCUGCUAGUGGACUUUUGGCGUCUGUCCACGGCCCACUCCCAGUACCUGGUGGUCAAGAACUUUUACGAGGCGGUGUCGUCACCCGAGCUGGCCGCCAAUCUCGGCCCGGAGACGACCAAGAUCAUGCACAACCUGUUCCGCCUGUACGCUCUGCACACGCUGGAGCGCGAGGCGGCCGAGUUCUUCUCCUCUGGCGCCGUGACCGUCCGCCAGAUCACUCUGACCCGCACCAACGCGGUGAUGAAGCUGCUGGACGAGAUCCGACCUCACGCAGUCCGCCUGGUGGAUGCCUGGAAGAUCCCUGACUGGCAGCUGGACAGCAGUCUGGGCCGAUACGACGGUGACGUAUACCCUGAUCUGUUCAACCGCGCCAGCCAGAACCCUGUCAACGAUCUGGUGUUUGACCCGUACCCAUGGAACGAGGCGGUGCUGAAGAACGCACCCAAGAGCAAGCUUUAA